AUGCCUGAAAGAGUUGUUCGCAGCUCUUACCAUGACCGAGAGGUCGACUAUUAUUCCUCCGAUGAAGAACGGUCUUCCUAUGGUCGAUCCAAAGGAAAUGGUAGCACUUAUCGCACUGUCCAACGCUACCGAGUCGCACCAAGUCGAGGUGAGGAAGUAGAUGAUACUCGAUCUGUUCGUUCUUCUCAUCGAGAGUACGAAAAUCGACAAGGAGAUCGGAUCGAAGUGGAUCGUCGAGUCGAAAUUGAUCGCGAACGUGAACGAUAUGAUCCAGAGCCACGAUAUGAACCGGAAAGACCCCGAUCAUCAAUCGACUAUGACCGAGCUGUCGAAUACCAGAGAACUACCGUUGAGCGAGCUAGAGAACCCGAGCGUGAACGGGACCGCACUAGAACAGUAGUUUAUGAGCGGGAGCGGGAACGAAGUGGUAGCCCCUUGCCUUGGGAACGGCGCCGCAAUGAUAGACCGUGGGAAACGGAACGAGAUGUCCGGGAAACCCGCGAGACCGAUGUUACAGUCGAGAAAACAAUAGCUCGACGUCAUAAUGAACCAUAUGAAGUCGAAAGAUACUCUCGAGAAACAGAAUACUAUGAUGUACCUGAACCUACCCCACCACCGAUUAUCAUUCGUCAAAGAGUUCCGGAACCUCAACAAAUUAUUGUUCAAGAAGCGCCAAGCCCCGCUCCAAUUAUUAUACCACAACCUGCACCAGAAUCACAACGUAUUGAAGUUAUUGAAAGAAAGUCGGAAGUACAACAGGAAAUUGUUCCACGACCAGAGUCACGCAGGGAAGAAGAUGAAUACUAUUAUCGCAGAGAUGUUCGUGAGAUCGGUGGAAGAAGAGACAAUGAAAUGGCUGCUUAUGAUCGCCGAGAUAGUCGUUACGAUGAUGGAUACGAAAGUGAAGACUAUGUUGUACGAAAGAAGGUUGUCAAAAGAGAAGCGCGCAGCCGUAGCCAUAGUCCUCAUCAUAGAAGACAUUUGGCCGAAGGUGCUUUAGCUGGAGCUGGUGCAGCUGCUUUGUUAGCCAACCAUAGGGAAAAGCAAGGUGUUGAAACAGCUCGUGGCAGAUCAGUCAUUGGUGGGGCUGCUUUGGGUGCGAUCGGUGCUGAAGUAGUUACAAGAGCACGCAGUCGAUAUCGCGAUAGUCGAGAAGAUCGAAGUAGAUCAAGAUCAAGCAGUCCACAUGGUCACCAUAAAUUGAAGACUGCCCUUGGUCUUGCUGCUGCUGCGAUUGCCGCUGGAGCUGCUGUUAAGUAUGCCCAAAAUCGAUCUGCAAACAAAGAAGAAUCAGUUCGCGGUCGAAGCCGACAAAGAAGUAUGUCUCGUGGUCGACGAUAUUCUGAUGGGGAUGAGUAUUGGUCCGACGAGGUGUACGAGAAGCGUACUAUACGAACACGAACGGGAAGCGGGAGCAGGAGUAGAAGCAGGAGCAAGAGCGUACAUGCUGAUCCAGCACACCGUAAGAAGUCUAUGGCAAAGGCUGGGGCUGGAGCUGCUAUAGCUGCUGGUGUUGCAGAACACUUCCGAAACAAAUCUCGCAAACGUAGUGGGCAAAGAUCUCAGUCACGAGUACGAACUGCUGCGGAAAUUGCUGGAUCGGGUCUUGCAGGUGCUGCAGUCGCCGGAUUAUACGAGAAUAGAAAAGCUAAGAAGGAAGCUGAGGAAGAUGAGGAGCAUGUGAGACGAGAGAGAGUGAGAGUGAGGAGUAGAACUAGGAGCAGAACUAGAAGCAGGUCGAGAGCCAGAUCUACUGGAGUUUAUUCUGAUCCAGGUGUUGACCCAGAAUUAGGCAUGGUUCAGUACGGUACUGAACCCGUACACACGCACCAGCAGCCGGCACCAUACGAUCGAACCAACGAACACGAUUCAGCUGUCGCGGCGGCCGCAGCUGGAGCUGCUUACGGUGCUUCGAGACGUAGUCGAAGUCGAUCCCGUCAACGAAAACGCGAUUCAUCGAGCGACGAUGAAAAACGACCACGAUCACGAAGUAGGAGCCAGAGCAGGGUCAGAGAUCUAGCCGCUGGUUAUGAAGACGAAGCAUCACCUGAAAGUUACUACACAAAUUUCCGUGAUGAUACAUAUUCUCCUUCGCCGCCUCACGCUUCCGGAAGUUCAUACUAUCCUGACAACAAUCAAUUUCCACCACCUCCUACCUCAGUCCCACAAGGUUUUACCCGUCAUGGAAAUCAAUCUUCACCUUUUGUUAAUGAAAUACCUCCUAUUCCUCCCUACAAUCCUCAAGAUUAUGCAGGUCGACGUCCUAGUACUCAUGAACCUCAUGUCAAUUACCCACCCUACCCACCUUCAUCCAGAAUUCCUGGUGACAAUGUGAAUCGUCUAAACAACUCAACGCCUACAACGCCCGUGACCCCAAUCGACGCCAAUCCUUCCAACAAAUCCGUCAUGUUCGCCCCUCUAUCUCCCACUUCUUCCCGCCGCUUAGAACGUAUUCGCAAUUCCAAAGCAGACCAAUCAACCUCCACAGUUAACACGUAUGAGCAACCAAACCCAUCUUCUGACCGUCGUUAUCGCAGAAGAAGAAGAAACAACUCAGAUCCUUCUUCUGAUCGUCCUUCAAGACCUCGUAAACAUCGAAAGCAUAGGAGCGGAAAAAAUAGUGAUCAAAGUGCUAGUGAGAAGAGUGAGGCAAGUGAUGAGGAUGUUGAAGUGCUACCGGAAAGGUUUGAUAGAGAAGGAAAACCUCUAGGUAGGGAUGCGAGUAGAGAGAGGGAUAUAGCGAAGGAAUUCGGUGGUGGAAAUGAAAUUGUUGAGAAGGUUGUGCGGGGUGUUGGGGAGGUAGUCGCGGGUAAACAAACGUGGGGAGAUUUAUUGAUGGGGUUUGUUAAGGAGGGGGGAUUAGCUGGUGGUUCGGCUACGGAUCUAUCGGCUGAUGAGAGGGGAAGGGAGAGGGGGAAAUCUAAGGAUAGGGGAAGGAAAGACAAGAGGAGUAGGAGUAGAGGGGGAGAAAGGGAUUAUUAA